CUUUCUGAUCAGUUUUCUUGCUACUUGAACGCGUUGAUUUUCACCAUUGAACACCUUUUCUACUAAUUUAAAGUCUUCUCUGUAGUCUUUGUGUUGACUGAGUAUGGCAUUCGCAUUCACACCAUUUUUCAUUAUUAUUAUUAUUUGUAACAGGACACUCGUUUUCCUGGAACCCCACUGUCAAAAAGUCUUCCGAUUCGACUUUCUUGAACAUGGGUUCCCACUAAUUCAGAAUUGCAACUUCUUUUUUUGAUCUUUUCCAUUGGAGCUUCUUUUCCUUUGAUGGAGAAAGUGAUUUGGAUUUGAUGAUUCAUUGAUCGUUUUUUCUGUUUUGGGGGCUUGUUUGAUUGGUUUUGUUUGAUGGGGUUGGGUUGUAAUUGUUUUAAUCGUUGGAUUUGUUGCGUUUGAAUUUGUGUUGUUGAAUUGGUUAGUUAUGGCUGGGAUUUUGAAAAAGUUUUUUCAUGAGAAGCCUUCUUCUCCUGUUAAUGAUGAGGAUUUUACAGGUGAAUAUUCUUUUGCCAUCGAGUAUAAAGGUCCUGGAAUCAAUUACGAGAUUCCUCGUGCAGUUCCUAUAAAUGUUGAUUAUAUUCCGACUGCUUCUGUAGUUCUUUCAUCAUCUCAGUUCAGUGAUGAUUUAUCAUCUCUGCCUGUGAUACAACCUAUUGUCAAGAAACUAAGGAGGGGUUCAAGUUCCAGCCCUAAUUCUGUAAUUUCUUCAACCUCAGAAAUCCAGGAAGAUGGGGCUGUUUGCUUCCAUGCCAAUAAGGAAGAUGAAUGUAAUAUCGAUUCGUGUGAUGGAGUUGAAAGUUCUGGUGAACUUGAGAAUUUCAAUAAGCUGAAAGGAAGAUUAGGAGGGUUAGAAUCAUUGGAAAUUAAAAAUGAAGAGGAUUUUCAAGGUUAUACGAAUUCCAGCGACUCGGAAUCGGUCGAAUCGGGUUUGAGUUCAUCUUCUGGGAUUUUUGCUGUAAGAGAGGAAGAUGAAGUUGACAAUGAGAUUCAGCCUAGGCAUGGCAGAAGGCCAUCAGGUGUUACCUUUCUUGAUCCCCAUUCAAGCAACACGAUUUCUGAAGAGGCAGAAUCAAGUCAAUUUGAGGGUGAAAGUAUUCAAGAGAUGCCUAGAGCUGAAAGGAAGGGGAAAAAAGGAUCGUGCUACUAUUGCCUUAAAGGAAACCGUUUCACUGAAAAGGAAGUAUGUAUAGUUUGUGGAGCCAAAUAUUGUUUUGACUGUAUAAUAAGAGCAAUGGGAUCAAUGCCAGAAGGAAGAAAGUGUAUCUCUUGCAUUGGGUUUAGGAUUGAUGAAUCAAGAAGAGAGAACUUGGGUAAAAGCUCUAAAGUGCUCAAGAGGUUGCUAGACUCUGAAGUUAAGAGCACAAUGUUGCGUGAGAAAGAAUGUGAAAUAAAUCAACUACCAGCAAGACUUAUUCAUGUCAAUGAUGAUCCUUUAAGUCGACAGGAGCUACUUAUGUUGCGAAGUUGCCGAAAGCCACCAAAGAAUCUAAAACCAGGACGAUAUUGGUAUGACAAAGAAUCAGGCUUCUGGGGAAAGGAAGGACAUGGACCGAGUCAGAUAGUUAGCUCCCAGCUAGAAGUUGGAGGUCGGAUCAAGAGGAAUGCUAGCAAUGGCAAUACAAAUGUGUGCAUUAAUAAUCGAGAGAUCACUAAAAAAGAGCUCCGAAUACUGAAGAUGGCUGGAGUACCUUGUGAAGGAAGACCUUCUUUUUGGGUUAGUGCAGAUGGAUCAUAUCAGGAAGAAGGAAUGAACAACGGGGGGAAAAUAUGGGACAAGACUAGAACGAAGCUUGCAUGUGCACUUUUUUCUUUGCCUAUUCCUUCUACUUCUGUCCAUGCUGGAGAAGAAAUAGAAGACGGAGCUAGUUCUGUUCCUUCCGAGCAGAAAACAAUUCUUAAACUUCUACUUGUUGGCCACAAAAAAUCUGGCACGAGUACCAUAUUCAAGCAGGCCAAACAAAUAUAUAAAGUUCCUUUCUCAGUUGACGAGCGUCAAACCAUUAAGUUCCUGAUUCAAAGGAACUUGUAUUGGUAUCUUAGUAUACUACUGGAAGGACGGGAACGUUUCGAAGAAGAGUUUUUUAUGGAUGAGAAAAAUAAACCAGUGAAUGAUCCGUCCACCUCAUCAGCAUCAGGGAAUGAAAAUCAGUUGGAGUGUACAAACAUCUAUUCCCUUGGCCCUAAACUGAAAGGAUUUGCAGAUUGGCUUCUUCAAGUCGUGGUGUCGGGUAACUUUGAAACCAUAUUCCCGGCUGCUACUCGUGUGUAUGCCCAAUUAGUGGAAGAGUUAUUGAAGGAUGAAGCCUUCCAAGCCACAUACAGUAGAAGGAACGAACUAGAAAUGCUCCCAAGAGUUGCUACUUAUUUCCUUGAUCGGGCGAUUGACAUUUCAAGUAUCGAGUAUGAUCCUUCUGACAAUGAUAUCUUGUACGCUGAGGGAAUCUCCUCGUGUAACAGCCUCAGUAGCAUGGAGUUCAUGUUCCCCGAGUCACGACAAGACUCCAUUCUCGACCCUCCUUAUCAGCACGAUCUGUCAAUAAGGUACCAGCUGAUUCGAGUCCAUUCCAGUACCCUGGGAGAGAACGGCAAGUGGUUGGAAAUGUUUGAAGACAUGAGCAUAAUCCUAUUCUGCGUUGAUUUGACUGACUACGAUGAAUUUGACGAGGAUGAUCAUGGAGUUCUAACGAACCGGAUGAUUGCAAGCAAGAAACUCUUCGAAACCAUCGUGACGCAUCAAGCCUCGAGAGGAAAGAACUUCCUUCUUAUACUCAACAAGUUUGAUCUCUUUGAAGAAAAGAUUAUCCAAGUUCCUCUUUCCCAAUGUGAAUGGUUUGUCGACUUCAAUCCAAUGAUCACUGGAAGAAGUAGCAGCAGCACGAACCCGACAUUGGCCCAACGAGCGUUUCAGUAUGUAGCAGUGAAAUUCAAGAGAUUGUUCUGUUCUUUGACAGACAAAAAGUUGUUUGUUUCACAAACUACAGGGAUGGAACCUGAAAAUGUCAAUGCAGCAUUGAGAUAUGCAAGGGAGAUAAUCAAAUGGCAAGUUGACAAACCUAACAUCAGCAUUACUGAAAUUUCAAGUACUAGUGUUGAUGCAAGCAGCUUCACAUAGGUAAUCAAAUUUUAGAAAAUGCAUUGCAAAUUUAAUUGGUUAUUUCCUAUAGAAUAAAAUAGUGUAGCACAAAUUGACGUGCUUUAUAAAUUCUUGAUAUUCUUAUAGAGUAAAGCUAAAGAGUUAACUUGUAUAGAUUUUACUAGUGUUCUAUAUUUUUGAAUCUAAGCUAUUAAUGCUU